AGACAGAGUGAGAGAGAAGGGGAGAAAGAUCGGAAGAGAGAGGGAGUGAGAAUUUCUCGACGAAAAUAAGGGAGGUGCUGCGGCAGGAGUGGACGAGGGCGGUGCAGUGAUAUUUCAUUGAGGAAGAAAACAUGCCGGACACGAUGAUGUCGUCACGCCUCGUCGUGUCGGCCGACAGGUCCCGAAAGGUCACGUCGGGCUCCUCGUGACCGGGCUCGGAGGUGCGCGCUCUCACGUACCGCUCGCACGCGUCUCUGACGUGAAGCGAAGCGAGGAUCUCGCCCGCGUCACGGUUUUACGGUGUAUCGCUAUACGAUUGUAUCUCCGAAGCUGACAAUUUCUCGGCGCGACCGGGGAAUCGCAACCGGGGCGUCCGGAUUUACCGCUCGUGAAAGGACUUCUUCCUCGAAUUCGCUCGGGUCUAUCCAUCCAUCUCGGCGGCUAUGGUUGUAGCCAGCAGCGGUGGUUGGGUACAAAAUGCCAGCUCGCCCGCUGGGCAGAACAACUCCAGCGUGAGUCAGAGCAAUACGCAGAACAACAAUAACAAUAACGCUAACAACAACAACAACGGCGGCGGCGGCGGCAGCGGUAGCAACAACAACAACAAGAUGACCGCGAAGGGCAUCCUGAUCUGCCGGGACAAUUCCCAUCCCUUCCAGGAGCGCACGUUGACGUUGGAGCAGCCGGUGAAGAUCGGCCGUUCGGUGGCACGGGUGAGGGCCGCGGCGAACAACGCGAUCUUCGACUGCAAGGUGCUGUCGAGAAAUCACGCGCUGCUGUGGUACUCCUCCGGCAAGUUUUAUCUGCGGGACACGUGCAGCAGCAACGGCACGUUCGUGAAUAAUCAGCGGCUGAGCGCCUCCGGGCUGGAGUCGACGCCCAAGGAGGUGUGCUCCGGGGAUAUAGUGCAAUUUGGCGUGGACGUCGUCGAGAACACGAAGAAGGUGACCCACGGGUGCAUAGUCGCGACAUUGAAGCUGUAUCUACCGGACGGGAAGGAGGCUAAGGCCAGCCUGAGCACCUCCGUCACCUCGCCCGCCGGGAACGUGUCGCUCGAGGAUCUCUACAAGCUUAAUCAGAUAAUGCAGGAGGCGUCGAGGCGGGAGAAAGCCUUGUACUCUAAGCUGGGCUACUUGCAGACACUGGUGGAGAACACUCGGAAGGCGGCCAAUCAAUCGUGGAAGGCGUUGAUCACGGAGGAUCGUCUGCUGUCGUGGGUAAUGACCGUCGAGAGUCAGUUGACGGUUUACUCGAAGAACUACACCGAAGAUAAGAUCAGGAACGAGCUUACGAAGCUUCAGGGUGAGAAGGCGCAGUAUCAGAACGCCGCCAAGGAGGCGUUGCAGAAGGUCUUACAGGAGAAGCUGGAGAUCAAUCAGAGACUGCUGCAGCUGGAGGGACGUUUGAACGAGACGGAGGACGAGUGCCAGAGUUUGCAUAACGUGGCCAAGUACACGCAGAAGGAGCUUCAGGAGCUCAGCACGAAGUACUCGGAAGCGGAGAAGAAGCUCCAGGAGACUACCAACAAGCUCGUGGAGAGCGAGGAGAAAGUGAAGGACGUGCUGCUCGGCGCGGAGCAGGAGAAGCGAGAUCUCACGAAACGGCUCGAGGAUCAGUCGAAGGUCGAGAAGAACUUGCGGGCGCGGUUGCACGACUCCCGAUUAGAUUCCGUCAACAUCUACAAGCAGAUCACCGCUUUGAGGAAUUACGCGCAGACCCUGCAGGAUAUGAAUCUGAAGCUGGAGGUCGGCGAGAAUGUCGACGAGAAGGGCGAGGAGAAUCCGAUAGAAGCUAUCAACACCAUACUCAACAAAUUGAACUCGAUUCACGUCGAUAAUAUGGAGGUGGACAGCGAGAUUAAUUUUUACUUCACCAAGAGCGAGCAAGAUAAUCAGUUUAAUUCGACGGACGUGGAUCCGAAGCAGCUCAAGUCCGAUUUGUCCUUUACCAAAGACCAGAUGGACGAUCUGCAGAUGACAGCCGACGACAGUCUCACGGAGUACAUCCUGCCGCCGCCGUCGUCCAGGCAGACUUUAGUCAACGGAACUUUCGCCAAUCUGGACAGCGACACUAACGGCGACUCCGACACGAACUCGGAAGCGACCGACGACACGUGCAGUAUUAUGAACGAUGACGUGAGUGAAAAGAGCGUUAUAGAAAAUAAGAAGGAGGAGCUGGACGAAGAGGAGGAAGCGUCCAAGCAGACAUUCGUACCCUGCAAGAUGAAAGUGCGAUUCGCGAGCACCGAAAACGAUCAGCAGUCGGAGGUACAUAAUUACGAGCCAAUAAUAAAACAAAUUGCCAAAGAUGAGAAAGUCAAUUUCCCGUCGGAGAUUUCGACAGGAGGGAGCGCCCUCGAGGAUGCUCUGGACAGUUCCGUCGCCGACUUUGCGAUGGACGAGCGCGAGAAACAAGAUCAGCAGCAGGAGGAUAAUGAUGUGGCGGAGUGCGAAGAGCGCGCAGAGGAGGAUUACGUUAAAACCUUGAAACCCGCCAUGAAGAACGACACGGCGCAGCAAGCUUUCCACUCCAGGGACUACGUGCUGCAGACGAUGAUCGGCUCUCUGGAGUCGUUGAGGGGCGAGGACAGCCUGGAGGCGCGGCAGAUAGUGCAACGGGAGCUGGAGGAGUUGAAGGACUGGCUGAUACGCGAGCCGAACGAGCUCGUCGUCGACCGGCUGAAGGAGCUGUACUACCGCGCGAAGAACGAUGCGCAACGGAUGCAGGAGGUGAACGAGGAGCUGGUCAUAGUGAAGGAGAAGUACAACGCGUUCGUCGAGGAGAAAGCGGAGCUCUCGAAGAAGUACAUGUCCCUGAAGUCGCAGUGCGGCGAUCUGCUCGGCGCGACUUACACCGUGCCGAUACACUACGUGGCGCCUAUCGCGCUCAUGCUCGUGUGGAUGCUGCUGGAGAAGAUAUUCUAAUUCGCGCGUGCGCUCGCCCCCCCCCCUCCCCCCUCUCUGCCGUCUAACGUUCUUCUUCUCUGUAAAUAUUACACGCGCUACGACGAAUAUGUUUUAUUCCUUCCACUUCACUUCGUUCUUUUUACGAUACCGACUUGUAAUUGAAACUGUAAAUUUUGUUAAGCUUUGUCCCGUUUUGUUGUUUUGGAGACGACCAUAUCGAGCACAAUUUAACGUUUUUUAUACGAACAACCUCGUUAAGAUUUGUACAUAUAUACAUAUAUACAUAUACAUAUAAAUAUAUUUGUUUAAUUUCCCGAAUCGAGUCUCGGGACUAAGGGAGUUUCUCGUUGUAUAACAGAUGCGAUGAUAGGCGAGUGUUAAAGAACGUGGGUCGCGUUUAACGGCGCCUUAAUACAAAGGAGGAGCAAGAUCAAAGUUCGGGGCAGGAACCGUUCAUGUAUAUGUAUGUAUAUCUUCUCAAAUACGGAAGCUCGACUUACGCUCUCUGGGGAAGUAAAAAAAGUAGCGGGAGAAAAUGUAGGCACGAUACCACGUAAAAUGUUCAACAUGCUGCCAAGCUGCUGAGUAUCCAUAUCUUCAUAAUGUGGCUCAAUUUUAUAAAUAUAAUCACGAAUAUUUCGUUACAUUUGUUUGCUCGUUUUAAACGAUAAUGUUUCUUUGUUUUUUUUUAUUCUAUAGCGUAUUUUAAAGAUUAAAAAGUAUGUAUCCUUUACUGCGGCUAGAAAUACUCUCUUCUCAUACCGCGUCUCUCAACAAAAAACAAAACAAAAAAAAACGAAAACACAAAACACAUACGUACACAUACCUAUACUCUCUCUCUCAGCUUUUUCCAUCGUUCAAAAACUUUCCCUCGUACAUUUGUACAUAAAUAUAAUUGUAGAAAGCGAAAUCGCGCGCGUAAUACGACACGUACUCUCAUUGUAUCCAUCCCAUUCGGAUUAAGUGGCUCGCUUUUUUUUUUAUUUUCAGACUCUUUGGUUGAAGGCGACUCAAAGAGUUGGGAAUGACCUUUGCAGGGGAGUGAGAGUGAGAGAGUUGGGGUGAGAGAAAGAGAAAGAGAGAUGAUCGAUCGUUGCGUUUCGCACGUAUACAUUACGGCAUGCGUAUAUUACAUAUAUAUGUUGCAGCGUUUAAUCCUCGCGCCUCUCGUCUGAUCAUAAGUCCAUUAUUGUUGAGCGAAAAAAUUCGAUCGCGCAUUAAAAAAAAAAACGCAUCGUAGUCUUGCGGCGAAUCUUGAGGGCCCUCCGAUACCUUUGUCGCACAAUGGUACUUCAAUUGUCCUUCCCUCCUUCGGUAACGUAACACAUUGGGGUAGCGUGACAAUAUAUAAAGAGCAUAUCUGUUCGAGCGACCUAAAUGAAGUAAUAAGCGGAUAUACGUGUGUGUUUACUUCUUGGUGAAGCGAAUUUCUCAGCACUCAGAGUACCGUUCUUAUCGAUUCUACCUUGGGGAAUGGCCUUGAUAUCGUCUAAAUAACGUCUUAAAGCGAGAAGAUCCAAAUCUAGUAGUUUUCUAUAUAUUAAUUCUUUUGAUACGAAACGUAAACGGGAAAAAUUGACAGUAUUUUCUUAAUUCGUUAGUUUAGUUUAGAGAGUGCCAUGUCUACUUCUAUACCGCAUUAGAUAAAAUGGAUCAUUGUGUGUCGCGGCGAGUAGUAGGCGUGCGUGACACUUUCCAAAAUAAAAUAAAAAUACGCCGCAAGCCGGUCGCACUCGCUCGUUUAGGCGAGCUCACUUUCUUGGCAGAUCAAGCGUAUAUAUCAAAUUAUCAAAGUACGUAUGAAAAUGCUGUAAAUAGUAAUGUUGAUAUAAUCUUACUACCGAUGUAAUAGUCAUUAUACGAAAAGGGGAAAUAAAAACUAACUUAAUUAAUUAAAGAAGA